CACCACCACCACCCGCUCCACGUCCAGCCAGGCUACCUCAGCCACGCCGAGACCCCUCCUCCUCGUCCUGCCUCCGCCGCAAAAUCCAACCUCACGCAACAUCACCAACCCGUCCCUGUCCAAACCUGCGUACGAUCGUAGGCAAAAAGUCGCCCAACAUGGCGCGGGUCUACGCAGAUGUCAACCAGAAUAUGCCCCGCAGCUACUGGGACUACGAUUCAGUCAACAUUAGCUGGGGGGUUCUCGAGAACUACGAGGUCGUCAGGAAGAUUGGUCGCGGAAAAUACUCCGAGGUCUUUGAGGGCAUUAAUGUCGUUAACUACCAGAAGUGCGUCAUCAAGGUCUUGAAGCCUGUUAAGAAGAAGAAGAUCAAGCGUGAGAUCAAGAUCUUGCAAAACUUGGCGGGAGGACCCAAUGUCGUGGCUCUUCUGGAUGUGGUCAGAGACUCACAAAGCAAGACGCCAUCCCUCAUCUUCGAGCAUGUCAAUAACACCGACUUCCGAAGCCUCUACCCCAAGUUCAACGAUCUUGAUGUUCGCUACUAUAUCAAUGAGCUACUGAAGGCUCUUGACUUCUGUCACAGCAAGGGCAUCAUGCACCGCGACGUCAAACCUCAUAACGUUAUGAUCGAUCAUGAGAACAGAAAGUUGCGACUCAUUGAUUGGGGCUUGGCCGAGUUUUACCACCAGGGAACCGAGUACAACGUGCGCGUGGCUUCCAGAUACUUCAAGGGUCCCGAGUUGUUGGUCGACUUCCAAGAGUACGACUACAGCUUGGACAUGUGGAGUCUGGGUGCCAUGUUUGCCUCCAUGAUCUUCCGCAAGGAGCCGUUCUUCCAUGGCAACUCUAACUCAGACCAACUUGUCAAGAUUGCGAAGGUGCUCGGUACGGACGACCUCUUCGACUACCUCGACAAGUACGAGAUCGAGCUCGAUGCGCAGUAUGACGACAUUCUCGGUCGUUUCCAGAAGAAGCCCUGGCACUCUUUCGUCACCGCGGAAAACCAGCGCUUUGUCAGCAAUGAAGCGAUCGAUUUCCUGGACAAGCUCCUUCGAUACGACCAUCAAGAACGUCUUACUGCCAAGGAGGCCCAGGCACACCCUUACUUCAACCCUGUUCGGGACCCCGAGGUUUUCAAGCAGCACUUGGCCAACCAGACCGCCUCAGGUGUGAGCAGCAACUAAGACUAAGUCAUCGGCCAGCUUGGUUUCGCAACUACUCACACCCCACGCGACAAUUUGGAUCUUCCCUCUGCACAUAGACUGUACGCAAGAGGCAUGACACUGCAGGCGGCGCAGGCGGUCACUCCGGGACUGGACCCUGCAGCCGCAAGCCGGCCUGGGUUCUAGACUAAAGUCCCUUCUUCCAGGUGUGAACAUGGCUCGGAUCAAUGGGACAAAGAAGCAUGAAGCGGACCUUCCACCUCCCUCAGUCUCAAUACAUGGAAUGAUUAUUCGAAAUGACUUUUCAAGAUGGGUACCUGUUCACGGGCGACGACACGAAAGGUGGUCUACACACAUAUUUUAGGCGUACAAACGUCGACCAGAGCAAGGAGCAGCGAGGACGAAUGGGGAAAUGUGGUGGAAGACAGGAAAUUUGGCUUGCGUGAGGAUCUGGGUUUCACCACACCGGGGAUAAGGCGUUUGCGAGGUCCAUGCCCCUUCCGUUCCAACUGCCCCUCGACAUCCAUGACUUUGCAUAACGUGGUUUUUAUGAUUUUCUUUACAGAAGCUCUCUGGUAUUCAUCUGAUGUAGCGACUAAUGAGGAAGCUACUUGGCUUCCAUGACCUCACCUUAAGGCCACAAGUCCCCCGCUAUCUGCUGUUUCUAUCUGCGCGUGCCAAGAGAGGUUCCUCUGUGCUUCCAUGACAA